AGAUCCAGUCCUGCCUGUGUUGGUAAAAGGUGAAACCAAUAGUUUCUUCUUGUGUCCCGGAGGCAGCAGCACAUUGCUGGAUCAGUCAGCUGCUGUUUGAGGCCUUUCUAAAAUAUCUGAGAGAACUCGCAGCUCCACGAGGUCCCGCAGCGCUUCUGUAUCUGAAGAGGAGAGGAGACCUGCUGGAUCUGAGAGACCAGGACCAAGAGCGGGAUGGAGGAGGACAACCAGGACCCGGAGCCCCGGAGCAACAACGUCCCCGGAGGACAAACAGCAGGCUCGAGCUCUGAUAGCACCGAUGUUCAGAAACGGAGACGACGAGAUGGACUCGAACGUCAUCGCUGUCAGCACUGUGACAAAUCCUUCGCAACAUCUGGAUAUUUGAAGAUUCAUCAGAGAGUUCACACUGGAGAGAAACCGUACAGCUGUGACCAGUGUGGGAAAACUUUCAGUAGAUCAGAUCACCUAGAAAUCCACAGACAUGUUCACACUAGAGAGAAACCUCACAGGUGUGAACAAUGUGGUAAAACUUUUGCUACAUCAGGUGUCCUACAAAUCCACCAACGUGUUCACACUGGAGAGAAACCUUACAGUUGUGAUGAGUGUGGGAAAACUUUCAGUAGUUCACAUGAGCUAAAAAUGCACCGACGUGUUCACACUGGAGAGAAACCUCACUGUUGCGAACAGUGUGGAAAAACUUUCAGUCAAUCUUGUCAGUUAGGAAUCCACCAACGUGUUCACACUGGAGAGAAACCUCACUGUUGCGAACAGUGUGGAAAAACUUUCAGUAGAUCUUAUAAUUUAGAAGUCCACAGACGUGUUCAUACUGGAGAGAAACCGUACUGGUGUGAACAGUGUGGGAAAACUUUCACUAGAUCUGAUAAGUUAGAAAUCCACCGACGUAUUCACACUGGAGAAAAACCGUACUGGUGUGAACAGUGUGGAAAAACUUUCGCUCAGUCAGGUAACCUCCAAAUCCAUGAACGUGUUCACACUGGAGAGAAACCGUACAGCUGUGAACAGUGUGGAAAAACUUUUGCUACAUUAGGUGCCCAACAAAUUCACCAACGUGUUCACACUAGAGAGAAACCGUACAGCUGUGGCCAAUGUGGCAAAUCUUGUACCAAGAGGAGAACCCUUAGAAGACACAAAUGCAUUCACAAAGCAUCAGUGUGACAGUUUUCACAGAGCCGAGC